GGUAGCGGCUGCGAAGGAAGGAUUUUCGUCUCUACGAAAAACCUUAUCAUCUCUCUCUCUAUCUAAAUCCUUAUCCCCAAAUUCACUCACCAUAAACCCUAGUUUAUCAUUCAAUUUUGUAUCAUUUCCCCUAUUGGAGGUCAAGUUCAGCAUCAAUGGAGCCUAAGGAAGAUGUGUCUCUAUCAGGUUUUUCUUCUGUUUCUUCUGAUAAAAUUGAAACUGUUGACGAAACGAAUGUUUCGAAAUCAGUUGAUAAUAAUAACAAUAAUGGAGUUAGUAGACUGGAUGUUAAUUCUGACGACGAGAACGAGGGUUUUGCUAGCGGUGAAGAGGAGGCUUUUGAGACAAAUUUAGAUGAGAAUUUAGAAACCCUAGUGAAUGUAGAUGAGGGUGAUUCGUUUUUGGAGACUUCUGAAUUCCCUAUUUCUAAGGUUGAAUCGGAGACUGUGAGUGAUGAGGUGGUUGUUGAUGAUGAUGCCGAAAAGGGUAAUUUAGUGGUGGAGGGUUUGAAUUCGGAUGAAUUGGUGAAACAGGAGGUUUUGGAAGGGAGUGAAGGAGAUAAGGUGGGUGAAAUUAAGGAAGAUGUAGUUGAUGAAACUGUAUCAAAGGUUGUAUCUAGUGAUGAAGUUAAAUCUGAGGUGGUUGCAGAAAAUGGUGUGAAGGUUACCACAGAAGGGGAUUCAAUUGUGGAAAAAGUAGAAAUUGAUACACCUGCACCAGGUGUGGUUGUGGUUGCUAACACAGAAGAGGAUGAGGAUGAAGAUGAAGAUGAAGAUGAUGUGGUGCUAGUUGGUGGUCCUGAUAACUCUAAACCUGUUGUUGAAGCAUCUGAGUUAGAAUCUAAUGGUGGAAAUGAUGUGAAGGUUACUUCUGAAGGGGAUUCUGUAGUGGAAGCCAUAGAUGUUGAUUUGCCGGUGGCGGGAGUGGUGGGAGUGGCGGUGGUUAAUAAGAAAGACGAAGAUGGGGUUGCUGCGGCUGAUGUAAAGUUGGACCAAGUCUUGGAAGAGGUGGUGGAUAAGGAGGUUGUUGGAGUUACUGAUGGAAGUUUUUCACCUUUGGAUGUGGAAGAUUCGGGUGGUUUUGAUGUAGAGAAGAGUGGAAAGAACCUGGAGGCAGAAGUAGAGAAAGAAGUUGACUAUGAAGGGAAAGAAAAUGGAUCCGUGGUGAAGUCUGCUUUGGAUGAUGUAGAAACUGUGUCUCCAGUUGAUUUGCAGGGUGAUGCAUCUCUGGUGACGGAGGUUUUGGACAAAGGGGUGCCUGAUGAGGCAGCUCCGGUGACGGAGGUUUUGGACAAAGAUGUGCCUGAGGAUGGAGCUCAGAAAAUGGAAAUUUUGGACAAAGAUUUGCCCGAUGAUGGAGCUCAGAAAACAGAAAUUUUGGACAAAGAGUUGCCUGAUGGAGGAGCUCAGAAAACAGAAAUUUUGGACAAAGAGUUGCCUGAUGAUGGAGUUCAGAAAACACACAUUUUGGACAGAGAGUUGCCUGAUGAUGGAGCUCAGAGAACAGAAGUUUUGGACAAAGAUUUGCCUGAUGAUGGAGCUCAGGCAACAGAAUCUUCGAGCAAAGAUAUACCUGAUAUGGGUGUUGUUUCUGGUGGUGUAGAAGAUAAUGGUCUAGAAAAUGGACCGGCUGACAAGUUCGUUUUAGAGGAAUCUGCUGAAAAGGAUGAUGCUGAGGAAGAAGGAUACAUGGAUGGUUCUCCUUCAGAUGAGGAUACAGAUGGUGUGAUUUUUGGAAGCUCUGAAGCUGCUAAGCAGUUUAUGGAGGAGUUGGAACGGGGAUCAGGUGAAGGCGGGGGUUCCAACACUGGAGGAGAGAGUUCUCAAGAUCGUUCACAGAUGAUUGAUGGUCAGAUUGUCACAGAUUCUGACGAAGAUGAUGAUGAAGAAGAUGGGAAAGAGCUGUUUGAUUCAGCUGCCCUGGCUGCUCUUCUGAAAGCAGCAGCCGAUGGUGGGUCAGAAGGCGGGAAUAUCACGUUUUCGUCUCAAGAUGGUUCCAGGCUUUUCACCAUAGAGCGCCCUGCUGGGUUGGGACCGUCACUCCAGACUAUGAGAGCCGCUCCCAGACCAAACCGUGCCAAUAUUUUCAAUCCUUCCAGUCUUAUGACCGCCGGUGAAACGGAUAGCAACUUAAGUGAAGAGGAGCGGAAAAAGCUGGAGACUUUACAGUCGAUCAGGGUGAAGUUUUUGAGGCUUGUGCAGCGAUUAGGUCUUUCGCCGGACGAGUCUGUGGCUGCACAGGUUCUUUACAGGCUAGCACUCAUUGCAGGGAGACAAACCGGUCAAUCUUUUAGCCUCGAUGCUGCUAAAAGGAAAGCUGUGGAGCUUGAAGCUGAUGGAAAUGGUGAUCUUGAUUUCUCUGUGAAUAUUCUUGUUAUUGGUAAAGCUGGGGUUGGCAAAAGUGCUACCAUAAAUUCCAUUUUCGGGGAAGAAAAGACUGUAAUCAGUGCGUUUAAACCUGCAACUUCAUCGGUGAAGGAGAUUCGUGGCAUGGUUGGUGGAGUUAUGAUUCGGGUCUUUGAUACACCUGGGCUUCGGUCCUCUGUAAUGGAUCAAGGGUUUAACAGGCAUGUAUUAGCAUCGGCCAAGAAGUUCACAAAGAAAAAUCCCCCUGAUAUCGUUCUUUAUGUGGAUCGGCUAGAUGCACAGACCAGAGAUCAUAACGACAUUCCGUUGUUGAAAACAAUUACUACUUCCCUUGGUCCUGCCAUCUGGCGAAGUGCGAUAGUCACGUUUACGCAUGGUGCUUCUGCCCCACCGGAGGGUUCGAAUGGAAUACCGUUGAGUUAUGAAAUGUUUGUGACCCAACGGUCGCAUGUGGUUCAACAAGCCAUUGGUCAUGCCGUUGGUGAUUUGCGAAUGAUGAGCCCGAGUUUGAUGAAUCCGGUUUCGCUUGUUGAAAACCAUCAAUCGUGUCGUAAGAACAGGGAAGGUCAGAAGGUUCUUCCGAAUGGCCAAACAUGGCGGCCGCAGCUUCUUAUGCUGUGUUACUCGAUGAAGAUCUUAGCUGAAGCCAAUUCGCUCUCCAAACCUCAGGAUCCAUAUGAUAACCGGAAGCUUUUUGGGUUCCGUGUCCGAUCACCGCCUUUGCCUUACAUGUUAUCUUCGAUGCUACAGUCUCGUGCACACCCGAAGCUCUCAUCUGAGCAGGGCGGUGAUGGCGGUGAUUCAGAUGUUGAUUUGGCGGAUUUGUCGGAUUCCGAUCAGGAGGAAGAUGAAGAUGAGUAUGAUCAGCUCCCUCCUUUCAAGCCAUUGAAAAAAUCCCAACUUUCGAAGCUUAGCAGAGAACAGCGGAAAGCUUACUUCGAUGAAUACGAUUAUCGGGUUAAGCUUUUGCAGAAAAAACAAUGGAAAGAAGAGUUGAAAAGAAUGAAAGAGAUGAAGAAACGAGGCAAGGACGCAAUUACCGAUCAACCUUAUCCCGAAGAAGAAGGCGAAGGAGAUGCACCGGCACCGGUAGCGGUUCCGUUACCCGAUAUGGCACUGCCGCCAUCGUUUGAUAGUGAUAAUGCCGCCUACAGAUUCCGAUUCUUGGAGCCAACGUCACAGUUUCUGGCACGGCCUGUGCUCGACACCCAUGGUUGGGAUCAUGAUUGCGGCUAUGAUGGAGUCAAUCUUGAACAAAGUCUCGCGAUUGCCAGUCGCUUUCCGGCUGCAGUUUCGGUCCAAAUCACGAAAGACAAGAAAGAUUUCAGCAUCAAUCUGGAUUCUUCGGUUUCCGCAAAACACGGGGAAAAGGGGUCGAGUAUGGCUGGUUUCGACAUCCAACCGAUCGGAAAACAACUUGCUUAUAUCGUCAGAGGCGAAACCAAAUUCAAGAAUCUGAAAAAGAACAAGACCGCCGCUGGAAUGUCGGUCACAUUUCUCGGCGAAAAUGUGGUCACGGGAUUCAAAGUCGAAGAUCAGAUUGCAUUCGGAAAACAGUACUCCCUCCUCGGAAGCGCAGGCACCGUUCGGUUUCAAUCCGAUUCCGCAUAUGGAGCCAACAUCGAGGUCCAGCGCCGUGAGCUCGAUUAUCCAAUUGGUCAGGUUCAGUCGACAGUCGGGUUGUCGAUUAUAAAGUGGAAAGGCGAUUUGGCAUUGGGUUUCAAUAGUCUAGCCCAGUUCUCGGCUGGGCGGAACUCAAAGGUGGCGGUUCGAGCUGGGAUCAACAACAAGAUGAGCGGUCAGAUCACGGUUAAGACGAGCAGCUCGGAACAUCUUUCAUUGGCACUUGCAGCUGUUCUUCCUUCAGUGAUUUCAGCUUACAAGAAGUUCUGGUCCAGCUAUGGUGAGAAGAACUCUGCUUAUUAAGCAAAGAUGAAGCUCUGAAUCAGUAAGUAUUUUCAGAUUUUUGUUAUGGUUUUGAUUAUGUUCUUAUUGAAUAAUAUGCAGCAGCUGGAUACACUUUUGAUUUACUGUUUUAUUUUUGUGAAAUGGUAUGAACUCUGUAAGGCUAUGCAGUUGAGAUGAAAUUAAGAGGGAAUACACUAAUUCUAUUUUUGGGUUUU